AUGGAGCCACCCGGAGGGGGCCUGGGGCCCGGCCGCGGGACCCGAGACAAGAAGAAGGGCCGGAGCCCAGACGAGCUGCCUGUGGCGGGCGGCGACGGCGGCAAAUCCAAGAAAUUCACUCUGAAGCGACUCAUGGCAGAUGAGCUGGAGAGAUUUACCAGCAUGAGAAUUAAGAAGGAGAAGGAAAAGCCCAAUUCUGCUCAUAGAAAUUCUUCUGCCUCAUAUGGGGAUGAUCCAACAGCACAGUCAUUGCAAGAUGUUUCGGAUGAGCAAGUUCUAGAUCUCUUUGAACAGAUGCUGCUGGAUAUGAACUUGAAUGAGGAGAAACAGCAACCUUUGAGGGAGAAGGACAUUAUCAUCAAGAGGGAGAUGGUGUCCCAAUACUUGCACACCUCCAAGGCUGGCAUGAGCCAAAAGGAGAGCUCUAGGUCUGCCAUGAUGUACAUUCAGGAGUUGAGGUCAGGCUUGCGGGAUAUGCCUCUGCUCAGCUGCCUGGAAUCCCUUCGUGUCUCUCUCAACAACAAUCCUGUUAGUUGGGUGCAAACAUUUGGUGCUGAGGGCCUGGCCUCCUUAUUGGACAUCCUUAAACGACUUCAUGAUGAGAAAGAGGAGACUGCUGGAAGCUAUGAUAGCCGGAACAAGCAUGAGAUCAUUCGCUGCUUGAAAGCUUUUAUGAACAACAAGUUUGGAAUUAAGACCAUGUUAGAGACAGAAGAAGGAAUACUACUGCUGGUUAGAGCCAUGGAUCCUGCUGUUCCCAACAUGAUGAUUGAUGCAGCUAAGCUGCUUUCUGCUCUUUGUAUCCUACCACAGCCCGAGGACAUGAAUGAAAGGGUUUUGGAGGCAAUGACAGAAAGAGCAGAGAUGGAUGAGAUGGAACGUUUCCAGCCUCUCCUAGAUGGAUUGAAAAGUGGGACCUCCAUUGCACUCAAGGUGGGGUGCCUACAGCUGAUCAAUGCUCUCAUCACACCAGCUGAAGAACUGGACUUCCGAGUUCACAUCCGAAGUGAACUGAUGCGCUUGGGGCUGCAUCAGGUGUUGCAGGACCUUCGAGAGAUUGAUAAUGAUGAUAUGAGAGUGCAAUUAAAUGUGUUUGAUGAACACGGGGAAGAAGAUUCCUAUGACUUGAAGGGACGGUUGGAUGACAUUCGCAUGGAGAUGGAUGACUUUAGUGAAGUCUUCCAGAUUCUUUUAAACACAGUGAAGGAUUCAAAGGCAGAGCCACAUUUCCUGUCUAUCCUGCAGCACCUACUGUUAGUCCGAAAUGACUAUGAAGCCAGACCACAGUACUAUAAGUUGAUUGAAGAAUGUAUUUCCCAGAUAGUUCUUCACAAGAAUGGGGCUGAUCCUGAUUUCAAGUGUCGGCACCUCCAGAUUGAUAUUGAGGGAUUGAUUGAUCAAAUGAUUGAUAAAACAAAGGUGGAGAAAUCUGAAGCCAAAGCUACGGAGCUGGAAAAAAAGCUGGACUUAGAGUUAACAGCCCGACAUGAGCUACAAGUGGAAAUGAAAAAGAUGGAAAGUGACUUUGAUCUGAAGCUUCAGGAUCUUCAGGGAGAAAAGGAUGCGUUGGAUUCUGAAAAGCAAAAAAUUGCCACAGAGAAACAGGACCUGGAAGCAGAGGUGUCUCAGCUCACAGGAGAGGUUGCCAAGCUGUCAAAGGAACUGGAAGAUGCCAAGAAAGAAAUGGCUUCUCUCUCUGCUGCAGUUGUUGCUGUAGCUCCUUCUGUUCCUAGUAGUUCUACUGUCCCCCCUGCCCCUCCUUUACCUGGUGACUCUGGCACUAUUAUUUCAUCUCCACCUCCUCCACCACCUCCCCCUCCUUUGCCUGGAGGUGUUUGCAUCCCCCCACCCUCUCCUUUGCAUGGGAGUGCUGCCAUCCCCCCACCCCCUCCUUUGCCUGGGAGUGCUGCCAUCCCCCCACCCCCUCCUUUGCCUGGGAGUGCUACCAUGCCCCCAUCUCCUCUCUUGUCUGGAGGACUAGGAAUGCUCCCUCCCCCCCCUCCUCUUCCUGGUGGUCCUGAAAUCCCUCCACCCCCUCCAUUUCCUGGAGGCCCUGGCAUUCCUCCACCUCCACCUGCCCCAUUUGGAUUUGGAGUUCCUGCAGCCCCAGUUCUGCCAUUUGGAUUAACCCCCAAAAAGCUUUAUAAGCCAGAGGUACAACUCCGGAGGCCAAACUGGUCCAAGUUUGUGGCUGAGGACCUUUCCCAGGACUGCUUCUGGACAAAGGUGAAGGAGGACCGCUUUGAGAACAAUGAACUUUUUGCCAAACUUAGCCUUGCCUUCUCUGCCCAGACUAAGACUUCCAAAGCCAAGAAGGAUCAGGAAGGUGGAGAAGAAAAGAAAUCUGUGCAAAAGAAAAAAGUAAAAGAGUUGAAGGUGUUGGAUUCAAAGACGGCCCAGAAUCUUUCAAUCUUUUUGGGUUCCUUCCGCAUGCCCUAUCAAGAGAUUAAAAAUGUCAUCCUGGAGGUGAAUGAGGCUGUUCUGACUGAGUCUAUGAUCCAGAACCUCAUUAAGCAGAUGCCAGAGCCAGAACAGUUAAAAAUGCUUUCUGAACUGAAGGAUGAAUAUGAUGAUCUGGCUGAGUCAGAGCAGUUUGGCGUGGUGAUGGGCACUGUGCCACGUCUGCAGCCUCGCCUCAAUGCCAUCCUCUUCAAGCUACAGUUCAGUGAGCAAGUGGAAAAUAUCAAGCCAGAGAUUGUGUCUGUCACUGCUGCGUGUGAGGAGUUACGCAAGAGCGAGAACUUUUCCAGCCUCCUGGAGAUUACCUUGCUUGUUGGAAACUAUAUGAAUGCUGGCUCCAGAAAUGCUGGUGCUUUUGGCUUCAAUAUCAGCUUCCUCUGUAAGCUUCGAGACACCAAGUCCACAGAUCAGAAGAUGACAUUGUUGCACUUCUUGGCUGAGUUGUGUGAGAAUGACUAUCCUGAUGUCCUCAAAUUUCCAGAUGAGCUUGCCCAUGUGGAGAAAGCCAGCCGAGUUUCUGCUGAAAACUUGCAAAAGAACCUAGAUCAGAUGAAGAAACAAAUUUCUGAUGUGGAACGUGAUGUUCAGAAUUUUCCAGCUGCCACUGAUGAAAAGGACAAGUUUGUUGAAAAAAUGACUAGCUUUGUGAAAGAUGCACAGGAACAGUAUAACAAGCUGCGGAUGAUGCAUUCUAACAUGGAGACCCUCUAUAAGGAGUUGGGCGAGUACUUCCUCUUUGAUCCCAAGAAGUUGUCUGUGGAAGAAUUCUUCAUGGAUCUGCACAACUUUAAGAAUAUGUUUUUGCAAGCAGUUAAGGAGAACCAGAAGCGGCGAGAGACAGAAGAAAAGAUGCGGCGAGCAAAACUAGCCAAGGAGAAGGCAGAAAAGGAGCGGCUAGAGAAGCAGCAGAAGAGAGAGCAACUCAUAGACAUGAAUGCAGAAGGCGAUGAGACAGGUGUGAUGGAUAGUCUUCUAGAAGCCCUGCAGUCGGGGGCAGCAUUCCGACGGAAGAGAGGGCCCCGUCAGGCCAACAGGAAGGCCGGGUGUGCAGUCACAUCUGUGCUGGCUUCGGAGCUGACCAAGGAUGAUGCCAUGACUCCUGUUCCUGCCAAGGCGUCCAGGCUGAGUGAGGGAGUCCCCACAAUCCUUGAGGAAGCCAAGGAGUUGGUUGGCCGCGCAAGCUAAGCUGUAUCCUGUGGCCGCAGCAGCUCCUAAAAGAGGCCCCAGACUGUCCUGCCCUGCAGCGUGUGCCUGAGGGUCAAGGGGGGAUGGAUAUUCCUUUGGGAUGGCCACUCCCACCACCCUGACUCUGUCUUUCUUUAUGGCCUACUGCUCUCUGAACAUCACAUACAGCUUCAGCUGCCUGGAGGCCAGAAGGAAAGGGCAGUAUGGGGGAGGCCUGAGCCCAACCCAGCCAGCCCUGGCUGUUGUAUUACCAAAGCAGGGUCCAUGUUUGCUGCCUUAACCCUGUCUCCUCUCUAUUACUCAGAGGACCUCAUCUCAGAUGAGGCCCAACCUGCUUGCUCAGCCCCUGACUUCCUAGUGGGCUUUCCUGUAGGUCAGUCUUGCUGGAUUUGUGCUUUUCUUUUGUGGUUUCUCUGGCUCUGAGAACAGCAUGGGGCUUGCGAAACUUUGGGCUUGAUAGAUCCCUCUUUUCUUUGCUGUUACCUCUGCUCUUCUCUUUCCUCUCCUGGCUAUUGUUAUUUAUUACUAGUGGUGUGGCAUUGGGAACUGCUUUCUGAGGAAGUGGGGAGCAAAUCCCACCCUUACCCCACUUUCCUAGCAAGGCCUCCCAAAACAAAAAGGAUUUGAACCACUUUAUCUGUUCUGCUGUGGCCCAGGCCAGAGCCUGUGGGCAGGCAGGCAGAGCAUAGCAACAGUGUGGGAACAACCCCUAGCCUGCUGCCUUGCUUUAUGUCCCUUGCCUUUCUGGACCCUCUGCACCAGCACCCAGGCUACUGAGCUAAGGUCCCUCCUCAUGCCUCCCCCAGAGCGUUGGUGCAUCUCAUCUGCAGUAUGAGCUGUAUUGUGACCAUCCCAACACCUCACCCUUUGUCUCCAAGGAACUGGGAGGUGGAGCCUCCUGGCUGAGAAAUUGUUUUGCAAAUGGAUCUAUUUUUGUAUGAAAACAAAAUUUUUUUAAAGAAAAAUAAUUUUUCCUUCCCCCUUUCUCCUCCAUAAUGUAAGAGGCUUUGAUGGCAGGUUCCAGAGUUCCUGGAGUUUCUCCCCACAGGCCUCAAUCAUGAACAUGCCCCUGGACCUUCACCUCAGCCAUCAAGCCUUUUAUAUCUUUGAGGCCAAGACAGAUUCUCUCUCCCAGCAUCAAUUCUGGGGCAGGAAGAAUCUCUUCUCUGGUUGAGCUGGGCCAGGCCUAAGAAUAGUGGGAGCUCUGAGACCACCGAGUUUUUAUGAGUUUAAUAAAUUUAUCAAGCCAAAUGUACAAAUGCUUAAAUGGACCCUCUGGGGAACUGGGCACAGGGAGCACCCCACACCUUUACCCCCCCCCCUUCUGAACAGUGGGCAGACCAAACUGUUUGGUGGCCCCAUCCACAGGAAACUCAGAUUCUCUGGCUCAGGGUGACCCUUUUGCUCUCCUUGUGCCCCUUUUAGCUUCCCACCCCCAGCUAGGGAGAGAGAAUGGCACUGUUAGGGCUUGGUCCAGAAUGAUAGUUGUUAGAGCAAGAGGGGAGCUUAGGAGACUUGAAGGCAAAUACAGGGAGGCCAUGCAGUCAGGAAGGAGGGGUUGGUUGCUAGAGCCUGUGUAUGAAGGGGCAAUGGCGGUUCCUCUGAGCUAUUCCCAGGAAGACUAUGGUGCAGGGGGCCUGUUGCUCCCCUUGGUCACCUUCUCCCUGCUGACAUCUGGGGCUUUGACCCUUUCUUUUUAAAUCUACUUUUGCUAAGAUGCAUUUAAUAAAAAAAAAAAAAAAAAAAAAAAGGGGGA